AAAUCAUUCUCAUUAUCACCAUUUUAUACCAUUAACCAAACGGGUCGUUACUCUUAGUAUCAAAAGAGAAGCUUAAAAAUAAAAAUAAAGUAGAGUAACUUAAAAUAAUAAAAACAAAAAAAGAGUUGGUUAAAACCAUGGAAAGUACAUGAAUGAACUACCACCCGAGCAAGCAGCAGCAGUUCGACCAUCUAAUAUGACACAUUCCACGACAUUUUAACUAAACUCCUUGUCAAUUCCUCUACAAAAAUCUUGCCAAAAGAAGGUUGGAGCAUAGCUAGAGAAAAUUUAAAAAAAAAUUGGGGAAUAAAAAAAACCUAAAAAUUAAAAUAAAUGAAUGAAAACAGGAUUUCUCAUUGUAGAUUACACAAUAUGUCAGCUUUGUAAAGGUACCUUAUACAUUUAUACAGCAGAUAAUGGUGUCACCAUUGCAAACUGAUAUCGAAUCGAAAAAGAUGAGAGGAAAAAAUGUUCCCGGAAAAGCGAUUGUUUUACUCUGCAUUGCGAGCUUUCUGGGAGGAACACUGAUUACGAGCCAGACGUGGAGUCGUCACACUUUGGAAGUUAAAGAACAACAAGUUACGUUUGUUCCUAAUCAUGUCAAAGCCUCGAAGAAACUCAAAGCGACAGCGACAGUAACUACGAGUUUGGAUCACAACAAACGUAUGUUGGUCGAAGGAAAAUCUGGAGAUGUCAUGGGUGAAGUUGCUAUGACACACAAAGCAAUUCAAUCAUUGGAUAAAAAAAUUUCAGCUUUGGAGAUGGAGUUAGCCGUGGCACGAACGAGUCAGACCGACCUCCAAAUUACAGGGGAAAAAGCAUUGAAUCAUACAUUGCAAAAGGCUUUUGUUGUGAUCGGAAUCAACACUGCGUUUAGCAGCAGAAAACGGAGAGAAUCCAUCAGAGAAACAUGGAUGCCUCAAGGUGAGAAACUGAAGAAACUCGAGCAAGAAAAAGGAAUUGUGAUUCGAUUUGUGAUAGGACACAGCACUACACCUGGAGGCGUUCUUGACAGAUCGAUUGAUGCAGAAGAAGCGAAGUACAAAGAUUUUCUGCGCCUCAAGCAUAUUGAAGGCUACCAUGAGCUUUCCACAAAAACACGCCUUUAUUUCUCGACUGCUGUUGCACUUUGGAAUGCAGAGUUCUAUGUGAAAAUUGACGAUGAUGUUCAUUUGAAUCUAGGCAUGCUAGUUAAUACACUGGCAAAACACAAAUCAAAGCCAAGAAUUUACAUUGGAUGCAUGAAGUCUGGACCUGUGCUGUCUCAGAAGGGUGUGAAGUAUCAUGAACCGGAAUACUGGAAAUUCGGAGAAGAAGGGAACAAAUAUUUCAGACAUGCUACCGGUCAAAUUUAUGCCAUUUCUAAGGACCUUGCAUCUUAUAUUUCUAUCAAUGCACCCAUUUUGCACCGCUAUGCUAAUGAAGACGUUUCUCUGGGUUCCUGGCUAUUCGGCUUGGAAGUCGAACAUGUGAAUGAUCGUUCUAUGUGUUGCGGAACACCUCCAGACUGCGAAUGGAAAAUGCAGGCAGGAAAUGUAUGUGUAGCAUCAUUCGACUGGUCUUGCAGCGGAAUAUGCAAAUCUGUCGAGAGGUUGAAAGAUAUACACAAUGCUUGCGGAGAAGGAGAUAAUGCAGUUUGGAAGGUUGAUGUUUUAGAUUACUAACCGUCUCGGCUUUGGAGGGGUAGAUCAGAAUGGCUGACUAGAAGCUCUAGUUGAUGGUACUCGACAUUUGAUUGCAGCAACUUUAUGUUGAUCUGUGCUUUGUGAGCCUUCAUUGUUUUGGAGUGCAUUUUGAGAAGCAAGAGGCUAAUAAGACAAUUUUACAUAACAAUGUACUUCGUUAAUGAUCGGAAGUAUUAGUUUCAGGACAUAAUAUAUACAUUUUAGUUUGCUUGAGCAAA